CUCUCAUCGAAACCCAAGAUUUUUCCAGAGGAUGUUCCGGGUGAUGAGAAGGUUACCUUGCAAAAAAUUUUUACCUCUGCGCAUUUGAACCAGCUCAGGAGGGAUCUUAAAGAGCGAAACCUUUUGCCCUCGCAAGUAUUCUUUGCCAAGCUUUUCAUGACCUUUUUGUCACCCGCCUAUUCUGCAGACAGUUCAAUUCCCAAUUGGGACAGAAUUCUCAGCAUAAAAGAUAAAGAGUCGAUUGAUGAGCUUAAAUGGAUAUUUUUUUCUGAGAGCAUGCCAGAGAAAAAAAUUAAAAAGUUCUUUGAAGCUAGCGAGGUAGGUAAGGCACUGUUCGAAAAUUUUAACAUAUCUUCGAUUCCAUCCGACUCAAAUACUCCCACAUUGGAUAGAGAGACUGUUGUCCAAUCGACGCAAGAGCAGGAAUCUGUCCAAGAGCAGGAAUCUGUCCAAGAGCAGGAACAGAUUCAUGAAAACCUCGAAGACAAAAAUGUAUCCCCUGCAGAGAAAUCACCUUUCGGAAUAUCUGAUGCGAUAUUUGAUGGUUUAAGGGUUAAAUUUACAAAAGACUUUGCAACAACAGUUGUUGGUCGCCUCAAUUUGAACGAUGCAUACACAAAGUAUCCGGUGUUUGUUGAUGCUGUUGACGGAAAAUGGUUAUUCGCCACAAUGAACGAUGUUGCUGAAAAUUUGAGAGAUAUCGCUCAUUCUUUCUUUUCGCCUGCACUGAUAAACAUCUAUGAUCUGGAAGAAUUUGACUUGGAAGACAUGCUUCACUAUCUGGCAUACUCUGGCGGUGCCGUUGG